AAAGUGUUCAAGCCAGGAUGAUUGUAACCCUGUAUCUUGGGCUCUGAACUGUCACUUGCGCCAUCACUUGGCCUUUCCCUUGCACAGUGGUUGCGUAAUCAAGCAAGUUGCCCUAGUCUGAUACCUCCUUAUCAAAUCUCAUUUCAAGUCGAUGACCAGCUCGCCUUUGCCGUCACCUUUUUUGACCAUCCUAAUGCAGGACUAUCCUUUGUUCUCCUCCCCCUCCUCGCCUUCUGCACUCUCUAACUCGAUCUCCCCACAAGUCUCACCUGUUCUGUCUUCCAUUAACGAAUCACCAAACUUGCAUCACCCUAAUGCCCAUAUUGCAACCUCAUCACCGGUCAACACACAGCAGUGCCAACAGCAGGAACAGCAACAGUACCAUCAUCAUCGUCAUCCACAGCAGCAGCAUAUGAGCACCUCUAUUAUUCCUCCAGAAGAGCAGCGUCUACGCUCAAGUGUUGUUCAACUCUAUGAAUAUCAACAGCAAAUGCUCCAUCGACUUGUACAAAAAGAUCACCCACUUCAUAUCCCAAAUCCCGAGGCUGCUCGUCGCCAUCAACAACAGCUGACCACUCAGCUUGAGUAUUACAGACAGCUGCAGGUCAUGCAUUCCCAGCGUGCCCGUGAUAUUGAAUUGUUGCACCUGCAGCAACAACGGCAUCAGCAGGAGCAGAACCAGUCUCAGUCUCUCCAUGUCAUUAAACGAUUCCAACUUGCGCAGAAGAUGCUACAAGUGCAACAGUUGCACCAUGCGCAUCAAAUUCAGAAAAUCCUGUACCUUCAAAGACUAAAUCGCCUCCAAGAACAACCACUUUCUCCCUGUGGUGAUGCGGUGGCUGAGUCAUCAUGCCUUUUUUCCACGAGUGAGGAGGGAAUGGCAAAACUCGAGAUUGAUCCUAAAAUGAUGCAUUUCCCUAUCAGAUCAGCUAGUCGGCCUCGAUUGGAUUUGCAAGAGCUUUUUGGGGGUGUUGCACAACGUCUAUCAACAAACUCGUCCAUUCAGCACCAGGCGGAAGAUUUGGCUAGGAUUGUACUCCCAAGCCCAGAUCAGAUCAGGAAGCUACGUCGUCAGAGGCUCAAGUGCCAUGCGCGUCUGCGGCAGGCUGCCACAGCUCGUGUAGCCGAAGCCCAAGCCAAGUCGCAAGGCUACCAGCCCUGUGUGGUAAUGAUGGCCGAAAAGACGGAAGAAGUCAAUACCGGCCAGCAGCGGACGAUCCCACUCCCACCCUCCCCUAUAUCUCCAACUUCCUCUACAUCAUUUGAAUCGACUAGCCCAGUCUGUCCAUCGUCAGUGCAACUAGCUUCAGGAUACGCUGCUGGGGUUCAAAUCGAGAAGCAGAUGCAAGCAGCUUUUUGGACAAGCUCGACGACUUCAGUCAUACCACGUACAUCUGCAGAUCUGGUUUAUAGGCGACAGCUCCGACAUAGCAUGGCAUUACAGCAACAUAUGAUUCAGGAUCAUAUUCAUAAGUAUCGAAUCUUCCAGGCAUAUUGCCUGUUGCAGCGAGCACAUGAGGCCCAGGCUAUAGACGAAUCAGAGGUUCAGAAAAGGAAGCAUCUCCAGACGCUUGCAUGGGUAGAAGCCUUACGUCAGUCCAAAGAACUCGAGGUUCCUCAGUAGGACCAAACAAAAUUGAUUCCUUUUUUUUUACUUUUUUCUUUUCUUCGUUUCUGGGUUACACCUUGUUAUUCAUAGAGUUUGUUCUUUAGCUAUUUAUUAUUCUCUUUGCCCUUUUUAAAUCCUUCUUUUUCCGUGAGUGUAC